AACAAGGCAAAUUACAGACAGAGGCAGAAGGACAAGUGUACACGCGCGGACGUAACUGAUUAUUAAGAAAACUUGGUCGCAUCCUUAUUUUCCUUCUCUUAACUUAAAGAUAAUGGAAGCUGUCCAAACUUUCGGUCGCAAGAAAACCGCUACUGCUGUUGCCCACUGUAAGCGUGGUCGUGGUCUUAUCCGUAUCAACGGUUCCCCCAUUGACCUCCUCGAACCCGAGAUCUUGAAGUUCAAGGUUUACGAAGUCAUCCUUCUUUUGGGUGAAGAACGUUUCGCUAACGUUGACAUCAGAAUCAGAGUCAAUGGUGGUGGUCACACUUCUCAAGUUUACGCUAUCCGUCAAGCUCUUGCCAAGGCCAUUGUUGCUUUCUACCAAAAGUUUGUUGACGAAGCUGCCAAGAAGGAAAUCAAGGAAAUCCUUGUCCAAUACGACCGUACUCUCCUCGUUGCUGAUCCUCGUCGUUGUGAACCCAAGAAGUUCGCUGGUCCCGGUGCCCGUGCUCGUUACCAAAAGUCUUACCGUUAA